CUUUACAGGAUGCACCAUAACGAAAUUCAACUUCGCAGUGGCUAACGGCAUACAACUGCAACAAUUUAAGAGUUUGCAGAUUUGUUGACGUUGUAAUCGUCGAGCCAAAAGUUGAGUGCGUGCUACCGGUCUUACAAGUCCAACUUAAUCAACUACCAGCUGUUCCCAAACUUUUGAUUUAAUCGCCCAAGUUAGAAGCGCGCACGCAGAAAAGCAGAAAUAACAAUUAAGUAACAUAUGGCCAGCACACAAAAGAGAGAUUCAUAUAGUUCCUUAAUAGAGAAAAGCACCGCUAAUAUAAAUACAAAUUAAAAGUAAUAUUCAAAAUAAGCAGAGCAAAAGUUACUCUACAGCAAACAAAAGCACCAAAGAACACAGCUGCUUAAUAUUAAUAGUAAAAUGCAGCAUAACAAGAAAGUGAAGCUGAGAUUUUUCCUAAGAAUUAGCAAACUCAAAAUGCAACAGCCCGCCGUCAGUAGCAAGUAAAUCAGAAAACGAUCAUCAAUUACCUGCUUAACAGCAGGUGUACCGUGUACAAGUGAAUCGACAGGAUAACCAGGCGCUGGGCAUCAGGAUAAGAAACACAACGUGUUGCUUGUUAGCCAAAAACACUUGAGCGACGCUGAGCUUGUUGGCUGCUGCACGAGUGUAAGUGGAAAAACGACAAGAAAAAGAAAUUGGAUUAUAAGUAGAGAUACGUUGGGCACAGUAAAAACAGUUGUUGACAGUGUGGGAAUGUGUGCCUGGUAGAGUCGGGCAGUAACAAGCCGGAAGCAUUAGGGCGUUACGCAUAGCAAAUUAUGAGCUCACAAAUGUCAAUCACUUGAGUUGAAUAGAGGCGCUGGAAGCGACAAAUUCAAAUAUCCCUGUGCAUGUAUCCCAUUUACGGACCAAUUUUACGGCCGAUCGAAGAUAGUUUCCAGCAACUAGAUGACAAGUUGAACGGUACGCACUAAUGCGCAUACACACAGAUAUACUAAAUACGGACAUAUCUUAAAUCUAGCAAAAUAAGUGUGUAAGUGUGUGCGUUUGUGAGUGCGUGUGCGACAUGUGAACAAAGAACGGCUAUUCAACCGGUUGUGCUCAUGCCAAUAAUUUCCUCAACCAAUUACAUGUAUGAGCACAACAACAACAACAUAAACAACAGCAGCAACAGCAACUGCAAUAACAAGAACGUUUCAGAUACCCAAUUCAAAAUGACAGAUGUGUCACAUACAGUUGCAACAACAGCAACGGCAACAGCAACUACAAGUACUACAACAUCUCCGGUUGCUACGACAGCAGAUGCUAACGUAUCUUCUGGCUCCUUGCCCAACCGUAAAGUUGGCUCUAUCGAUGACCCAGCUGACAGCAUAAAUAAAUCCUUUACAAAUGGGGAUGGCCAUCACGCAGAGAAAUUGACUUCAUUUAUAAAAACUGAUAAGCAACACUUGAGUCAAAACAACAAUGAGGGCGCAGUUGGCAGCGACGGCAUGGCAACCAGCUUGACCACCAAUCGUUCGGUUCAAUCACCUACAACUGCCAUGGCAGUUCAACGUGGGCGCACACAAUCCACGGACAAUGGCAGCAUCACGACCAGCACAACUAAUUCGAUUUCCGCUUGCGAUAUGGCAACGUUAAUGCAUUCCAGCAACAACAGCGCAUCCAAUACGGCACUCAACUCACCGGUAAGUUGCUGCAGUCCGACAGUGAAUUCGACGGCGACGACAGCAGCAACAGCCGCGGCGGCAGCGUGCAAUAAUGGAGGCAAGGUAGCGCGUCGUGAGGCCACACAGCAAGAGGUAGACGAGGUGGCGCGUUUGUUCGAGGAAAAACCGGAAGCAUUCGAGAAAUGGCUGAUGGAGCGUGCACCACCAGAGGCGCUGGCGCGAUUGCAUGAAUUCAUCGAUUCACGAAAACCGCCAAAGCGGCCGUCAGUGACGUCCGAUAUAUUUCAGCAGUGGAUGGCGGCGUCGCCGGUACCGAAAUCCAAAUGUCGCUCACUAUCCGCAUCCUCUGGAAAUUCAUUAUUUGAUAGUCGACGCCAUUUAAUGGAACUGGACGAAGGUGAACUAUUCAUGGAGUUGAUUCGUGAUGUGGCCAAUGAAUUGGAUAUUGAUGUGCUAUGCCAUAAAAUACUCGUCAAUGUGGGACUGCUUACUCAUGCGGAUCGUGGCUCAUUGUUUUUAGCCAAGGGACCACCGAACAAUAAAUACCUGGUUGCAAAGCUCUUCGAUGUGACACAGAAGACAGCGCUGAAGGAUGCUGUUAAGAAGGCUAAAUUAGAAGAGAUACGAAUUCCUUUUGGUGUGGGCAUUGCCGGCAUGGUGGCGCAAACAAAGGAGAUGAUCAACAUAAAGGAGGCCUACAAGGAUGCACGUUUCAACUGUGAGAUAGAUUUAAAGACUGGCUACAAAACGAAUGCGAUAUUAUCGAUGCCGAUAUGCAAUUACGAGGGGGAUGUUAUAGGAGUGGCGCAAAUUAUUAACAAAACGAAUGGUUCCAUGGAAUUCGACGAGCAUGACGUGGAGAUUUUCCGUCGUUACCUGACCUUUUGCGGCAUUGGCAUACAAAAUGCCCAACUAUUCGAAAUGUCCGUCCAGGAAUAUCGACGCAAUCAGAUACUUUUGAGUUUGGCACGCAACAUAUUCGAAGAGCAAAACAAUUUGGAGUGCUUAGUGACGAAAAUUAUGACCGAAGCGCGUGAGUUGCUGAAAUGCGAAAGAUGUGCCGUAUUUUUGGUGGACUUGGAUUGUUGUGAGGCGAGUCAUUUGGAAAAAAUUAUCGAAAAACCAAAUCAACUGCAAAGUCGACUAAAUCGCGCGAUCAAAGAUGUUAAUGCCGAUGAAAAUGAUGAUAAACAGAAGGCGCGCACCCGCUUCACAGUGCUAUUCGAGCUGGGUGCCUCCAAUCAAUCGGCCAACAUUUCACGACCCUCCGUCAAUGAUCUAUGCAAUUCCACUUUGGCACAGAUUGCACAAUUUGUUGCAACCACCGGGCAGAUAGUGAAUAUCAGCGACGUUCACGAGUGGGUGCGCGAGCAUAAUCAGAUACGUACCGAGAAUGAAAUUGAUGCGACCAAGGCGAUCUUGUGUAUGCCGAUAGCGAAUGCGCAGAAGACGGUUAUUGGUGUGGCGCAGUUGAUCAAUAAGAGCACCGGUUUGCCCUUCACCGACUCGGAUGUCUCAAUUUUCGAAGCUUUCGCUAUAUUUUGUGGUCUAGGCAUACACAAUACGCAAAUGUACGAGAAUGCCUGUAAAUUGAUGGCCAAGCAGAAGGUGGCAUUGGAAUGUCUGUCCUAUCAUGCGACCGCCAGCGCGGAGCAGACCAACAAGCUGGUCAGCGAUAAAAUUGGGUCUGCCGAAACAUAUGAUCUGUAUAGUUUUAAGUUUAUAGACUUUAAUCUCUGUGAUGAUGACACUUGUCGCGCCGUCUUGCGCAUGUUUCUGCAAUGCAAUCUAGUCGCACAAUUUCAAAUACCCUAUGAAGUCAUUUGUCGUUGGGUGCUUAGUGUACGCAAGAAUUACCGUCCCGUUAAGUAUCACAAUUGGCGCCAUGCACUCAAUGUGACCCAAACAAUGUUCGCUAUGUUGAAGACAGGCAAAAUGGAACGUUUCAUGACUGAUUUGGAAAUACUGGGCCUUUUGGUGGCCUGUUUAUGUCACGAUCUCGAUCAUCGUGGCACAAAUAAUGCAUUCCAAACAAAAACCGAGUCCCCACUGGCUAUACUUUAUACGACAAGCACCAUGGAGCAUCAUCACUUUGAUCAGUGUGUAAUGAUUUUGAAUUCGGAAGGCAAUAAUAUAUUUCAGGCACUUUCGCCCGAAGACUAUCGUUCCGUCAUGAAAACCGUGGAAAAUGCUAUACUUUCAACCGAUCUGGCGAUGUAUUUCAAGAAGCGUAAUGCUUUCCUAGAACUUGUCGAAAAUGGCGAAUUCGAUUGGCAAAGUGAGGAGAAGAAGGAAUUACUAUGCGGCAUGAUGAUGACUGCGUGUGAUGUGAGUGCCAUAGCAAAGCCAUGGGAGGUCCAGCAUCGCUUGGCCAAACUGGUGGCGGAUGAAUUUUUUGAUCAGGGUGAUCUCGAGAAACUGCAGCUAAACACGCAACCAAUUGCAAUGAUGGAUCGUGAGCGCAAAGACGAGUUGCCCAAAAUGCAAGUGGGCUUCAUAGAUGUCAUCUGCUUACCACUCUAUCGUGUGCUUUGCGAUACUUUCCCCUGGAUAACGCCACUGUACGAAGGCACGCUGGAGAAUCGACGCAAUUGGCAAGAUUUGGCUGAGAAAGUCGAAAUGGGUCUCACUUGGAUUGAUCACGACACAAUCGAUAAGCCAGUGGAGGAGUUUGCCGGCUGUGCCGACGAAGAGAUCAAGGAUAUUGAAUUCACUGUGACCACACUCAAUUGCCAUCCGCAACAGCAGCACGGCGAUGAUGCCUCCACGCCGGAACAUCAUCGUGGUAGUACGCGGCUAAGUAUCAAAAAGACAGGCGCUCUGGGUAAGGCGGUACGUUCGAAGUUGACCAAAACUCUAUACAACAGCAUGGAUGGCGUGAAACAGAAGUCAUCAUUUAAACUGCUGGAUUCCCAUCUGAGCGAAGAUUUAGAUGAUAAAAGUCCGACAAGUCCUUCACAGCCCACGGUGGCGGGUCCCGGUCACAUUUCUGCUUCGUCAUCCACAUCGUCGGCGGGCACACUCAGCACGGCUGACAAAUCGAAGAAACGUUCCAAACUAUGUUCGCUAUUGUGACGUAAGCCCUCCAAUUAGAAUUUGGUGACCUCCACCGCAGAUAAGAACAGCAGUGGUGGGGGGUCGACCGACGUCUAAUUGGAGUUCAGAGCGCAAGCAGAGGUUUAGAAAAAGUAAUAUUUUUUAAUGAACGCAGGAAAUUAAGUAAUUUGUGAGUAGGAAUGAAAUCCAGCGUGCAAAAUAUGCUACACGCAAAAUAGGAAAUUAAGAAGAAGCAGAGCUAAAAAACCAAACAAGUAACCAAAAAUCAAAAUUUUUAGUGAAAAAAGCAAGAAACAAUUUUAGAAGAAAAUCAAAAGAGUUAAAAAACAAAAAAUGGUUUAUUCGCGAGUGCACAAGAACAAAAAACAAAAACAAUUUGAGAAGUUUUCUGGUUUUUCAAAAAUAUUUGAGGUGAAAAUAUCAGCAAUAUUUUAGUGCAGCAAUUUAAUAGCGAAAUACUUACAAAAAAAAAAGCUAUUAAAAAGGGAUUUCAUCAAAACAAGAAUAAAAAUUUAAUAUUUAUAUGUUAAAUAUUAUCUUAGAGACUUUAAGAUGCAUAAAUUUCUUUUUGGCGAAACAGAAAUAAGUAAAACUAAAUAGCUUCAACAUUUUUUAAUUUUUUUUCGAAAUGGAAGGCGCGUUGCUGCACUCCAAACGUUUCAGAGCCAGUUUUUCAGUGUAAGCAUAAAGAAUUUAGGAAUGAGAAACUACAAUCCUGUUCAGUUUGUUUAGCAAAACUCGGGUAGGAAAUUUUACCACACAAAAAAAAAUUAUACUCUGAUUCUAUUAGAAUCCAUUAACUUCUUAGGCGUCGAUGGACGAGCGAGAAUGGAGAGUAAAAUUUCAAGGCCAUGCAACGUUUUGGGUAUUUUCGUUCCGCGAGAGAGAAAAAAGAGAUAAUUUAGAGGAAAAAGAGAGAAAGAGAGCUUUACCUUAUAUAUAUCUUAGAUACACUUUAGGCUAUUUUUUCUGAGUUUUUCCUUGUGGUUGCUAAUUUCUAGUGAGAAAUAACACUGCCUAAUUGUGGAGCUUGCUUGUUGGUGCAAACUUGUAGGGACUAUAUUUUUGUUGCCUACUUUUUGGCGUUGUAUUUCCCUAAUGCCUACUGUUUGGGGCGUGUUUUGGUCCCAAUUUUUGCCACGGUUUCCGUCCGGCGUUUACCUACGGUCGACCCUUCUCCGUUUUUUGUGAAUUUGGUCUAUUUGUAUUCUCUGCAAAUGUUGUAAAUUUAUUCAGAUAUAAUAUAUAUUCUUUCUUUCUCUCUCUCAUUCUCUCUCGGCUCCCUCCCUCUUUCUUUGUCUGCCUUGAAAGUUUCAUUUCUGUUAUGUGUACUACGCUACACGCACUUUUUUUGCUUGUUCCAACAUCCCAUUAUUUGGGAGGCACUUAUAUAACACGGCGGCAGCUUUGCUGUGAGUCAAAUGUUUACACUGUUUUAUCGUAUUCUAAUUUAAAACUGAACUAAUAGGUACAGGUGUAAAUGUUAUAACAAUAAAUAUGUAUUACUAAUUUACUGAAGGAAAUUUCUGUGAUGCGGCGAGAAUUCAGCAGAUCCGCUUUUUGAAGAUCAUAGAUCAGGUGCUUCUCUAAUUUGAGCUUAUUGUGGUUUUCCGACAGAUUUACGUGAACGAAUCCGUGGGCCGAUAUGAUCAGUUGGCAGACCUUUCUGAGUUUCCACUGUCGCUUGAUGUCAAUCCCCAAAUCGGAGUAUUUGCUGAUUUUCUCUGUGUACGUAUUUACCACAAAUAUGUCAGGUCUAUUAUGAGUUCUUGUGAUAUUCGUAAGGAUUGUUCUGUCAGAAUAGAGAAGCUCUUCAUGCACUGGUUCUGGAACAUAUAUCUGUAAUAGGGUGUCUUCUCACGGUGAAAAUCGUACAUUUGAACAAGUCGCAGGUGUAUAAUUUUUGCAACAUCGUUGUGCCGUUUAAGGUAGAAAGAGUUUGUUAAUAGCGUACACCCAGCUAGAACAUGGCUUAGAGUUUCGCCAGGGCCACCACAUCUACGACAUAUGUCUUCCGGAGCAUUGGGCUCUCUGAUGAUGUACCUUACAUUAUUUCACAUGGGUACUACUCCAUCUUGCAUAGCAAAUAUAACACUUUCUGCUUCCGCGAAAAUUCCUUUAUUGUUUAAUCAUAAGUGCGACAGUUUCAUGUCGAUAUGCGGGCUUUUGAAUUCGUUGUAACAUACGCCAUGUAUGGGCAUUCGUGACCAUUGUUCAACUUUGUCUAUUUUAGUUGUAGUGUUCGUGCUGCUAAACUCGUGCAGCAUUUUGAGAGGUGUAAAUUUGUCAUUAGCGGGAUCAGCUUGUCAUGCAGUGCUCCAACGUCAAUUGCACCUCUACCUCCUUCUUUCCUAGGCAGUGCAAAUCUCAACACUUAGGAUGAUGACUGCUUUUAGGAUGAUGACAUUUAUGCUUCGCCAUUAUUGCCCACAUCUUGCGUUCCAAGUUGUUCAGUUCAGUUGUUGACCAUUUUACUAUGCCAAAACUAAAUGAAAUUGCAGGUAUUACAAAUGCGUUCAUAGCUCUGAUCUGGUUAUUUCCAUUCAGGUUUGUCUUGCAAAGUACGUGGAGGUGUCUUUUGUACUCGGCUAUAAGCUUUUUCCUCAUUUGCACUGUUUCAACAUUGUUGUUUUGUAAUACACCAAGGUACUUAUAAACUUCACCUUUUUCCAUUUCCUUAAUAUUCGCUGUCGUGUUGUCAUCUGCAACCGGUUCAACAUUUAUGACUUUGCCCUUUGCAAUUUCUAUUUUUCGGCAUUUAUUAUAUCAAGUCGUAUGGACAUUCGGAUAUCUUUAGAGAAGCUAAUUACACAUUGUAUAAUUUUUUUUUUUUUUUUAACAUUUGUACAAUAAUAAAUUACUUAACAAAUAAUGGCUUGACAGCGCUAGCAACAAAAGCCUUCAACUACAUAUCUAUAAAAAAAUUAAAAGUUAAUUGAUAAUGGAUUAGUGAUUCCUAUUACAUUCGUCUUAACAAAUCAGUCCCUUUCAGCAAUUUAUACAGCUCAUCAGUAUCCCCAGUGGUUGUCUCUCUCAGAAGAUCGAGAGGGUCGAUUGCACAAAAGAUUUCGUGUCGAAGUUUUGACAUACUUUUUGAAGUGAAACUUCUUGAGGCGCGUCGGGGGCCCCAAGGCAGAUUGAAAAUAGGCGAGUGAAACGGUAAGUUCGGAGCGUUACCGAAAUCCGUCAAAUGGGCGGGGCCAAGGAGCAGCUGCUCCUUCCCACUCUUGCCUAUUCGCUCUCUCUCAUUAAUUUGUAUAUGCAUGU